AUCAUUAUAAAGCUCUUAAAGGUGUUAGUAAACCUUAUUCAAAACCUCAACAACAAACACAAACUCUUUUAUCAUAUGAUAAAGAAUAUAAAUUAAUCGAUAAAAAUAAUAUUCCUGAUUUUGAUCAUUAUAAAAACAAAACUUUAAUCACAGUAAUUUAUCAUUCUAUUCUUUUAUCUUUUAAUAAUAUUAAUAAUCUUAAUGAUCAAAUUACUACUUAA